CGCCGGGGCACGGGCACACACAGGCACACACACACACACACACACACACACACACACACACACGAGCGAGCGCGCGCGCACUCUCCGACACUACGGCCGGCUGGCAUCGCGCAGGGCUUCUCUCCUCUCUCUUUUGCGCCCGCUGAUUCGAGCGCUCACCCGCGAAACUUCGCUCUCUCGUCCCGCCCGGUCCCGGUCUCUCGGCUCCGCUCCCGAACCGAACCCCCAACGCAGGACGCGCCGCACCAGGACGUCGCCCCGCUGGCUGGUGGAUCUCGCCGUGUCGCUCGUGAGUUGUUUCCUUCAUCACUGUGAGCUGUGAGAAAGAGGAGGAAGACAGACAAGACCUUAUAAUAAUAUAAUAAAGUAUUAUGUAUAAUAGUAUAUGUAAUAUAUAAUAUAAUUAUUAUCACAAUACGACCUUACAAUAAGACCUUGAAGUCUUAUUGGCUGUGCUCUACGGUCUACUCUUUUCUUGUAGCCUCUUGUCCCCUGAGAGGGGAACAGAGAACGAGAGAGUGAGACAAAGAGUGAGAGAAAGCUGGGCGGAGUUAGUUGACUGAGGAAGCAGCGAGAGGCUAACAGCCCAGCCCGUGUAAGUGUUGGAAACAGAAGCGGAUCCGGCGCACCCCCUGCUCCGUCAUGGCCUCCACGGGCCUGCAGCUCCUGGGCCUGGUCCUGGCCCUGCUGGGCUGGGUGGGCGGGACCCUGGUGUGCGCCGCCCCCCUGUGGCGGGUCACCGCCUUCAUCGGCAACAACAUCGUGACGGCGCAGAUCAUCUGGGAGGGCCUGUGGAUGAGCUGCAUCGUCCAGAGCACGGGGCAGAUCCAGUGCAAGGUGUACGACAGCCUGCUGGCGCUGCCCAGCGACAUGCAGGCGGCCCGCGGGCUGUCCAUGCUGUCCGUGCUGCUGAGCGGCCUGGCCUUCGCCCUGGGCGUGCUGGGCGUCAAGUGCACCAAGUGCCUGGGCCGGCAGCACCUGAAGGCGCGCAUCAGCCGGGUCUCCGGCAUCAUCUUCGUCCUGGCGGGGUUCCUCUACCUCGUGCCCGUCUGCUGGACCGCCCACUCCAUCAUCCGGGAUUUCUACGACCCCCACGUGGCCGCCCCGCACAAGCGGGAGCUGGGCCCCGCCCUCUACCUGGGCUGGGGGGCAUCGGGGCUCCUGCUGGUGGGCGGGGCCCUGCUCUACUCCGGGUCCAGCCCACCGGGGGCGCCCUCCUCGCCCACCUUCAGCGGAAGCAGCGAGGACAGCCCCCGCCGGGUGCCUGGCGGGGCCGGCCAGGUGAAGGGGUACGUGUAAACACCACCCCCCCCGCCCCCGCCCACUGCUUGUCACUGCACAUCUCCCAAUGUCAAUCCCCCCCCCCCACCCCCCCCACCUGAAACCCUGACACACCUGGGCCUUGAGAGCACCACCCACCCCCCAUCCCACCCACCCAGUUCUCUCACUGUCAGCCUCAUAAAUAAUUUCAUUUUCCCUGUAUAUCAUUGUCUGUAGUGUUUAUGUUUUUCUGAGAAGAGGGUGUGAAGAGAAAUGUGAACUUUUUAUUUUAUUUUGUUUUGUUUUUAUUCCACAUCUGAUCUCAUUUGAUAACCCCCUUUCACUGCGUGUGUGUAUUUUUUUCUCUCUGUAAAAAAAAAACCACAAAUACAAUAAAUCCUUUUUGGUCUUUCA